AUGUCGAAGUCCAUGUCCUUCUCUGGCCGUGUUGCUGUCGUCACAGGUGCAGGUGGAGGCCUUGGCAGGCAGUACGCCCUGGACCUAGCUAGAAGGGGAUGCAAGGUAGUCGUUAACGACCUUGGUGGAACAUUCGAUGGUUCUGGUCACUCCAGUAGAGCUGCUGAUAAGGUAGUGGAGGAGAUCACCGUGGCUGGUGGCGAGGCAAUCCCUAAUUACAACUCUGUGACUGAUGGGGAAGCGAUCAUUAAGUCUGCCGUGGACAAAUGGGGACGUAUUGACAUUCUUAUUAACAAUGCUGGCAUUUUGCGUGAUCGGUCUCUGGCGAAGAUGACCGAUGAUGACUGGAAGCUCGUCGUGGAUGUGCAUUUGAAUGGUGUCUAUAAGUGCAGUAGAGCUGCAUGGACCCACAUGCUCAAGCAAGGCUAUGGGAGAAUAGUCAACGUCUCGAGCGCUUCUGGUCUUUAUGGAAACUACGGCCAAGUCAACUACAGUAUGGCUAAAUCUGGUAUACUGGGGAUGACGAAAACGAUGGCCAUUGAAGGGAAAAAACGCGGUAUUUUGUGCAACGUUAUAGUGCCGGUGGCGGCGUCGAGAAUGACCGAAACAAUAAUGCCACCAGAUUUAUUAGCUCAGCUUUCCCCUGAAUUCGUAUCGCCUCUGGUCGUGGCGAUGUGUCAUGAGAGCUAUAAGGGCAGUGGGGAAGUCUUCGAAGCUGGUGCCGGUUGGUUCUCCAAAGUCAGGAUCCAAAGGAGCCGCGGUCUAACGUUGAAGUGGCCGUAUCAACCGGAAGAUCUUCUCGAUGAAAAGGUUCAAAACACCAUCGCCGACUUUUCUCAGGAUGCCGCCUACCCCAGCAGCUCUGGGGAAGCUCUAAUGAGCCUAAUGCAGACAAGAGGCGACGCCGUGGCCCCACCAAGCGCUGUGCAACCCCAAGCAUCGAGUUCGACUUUGAAAUCUGCCAGAAUAUUUGAUAUUAUCAGAGCUUACUUUGACCAUCCCAGCAAACCCGGCAGUCCCUUGGUGAAGAAGCUGAACACUACUUAUACUUUUGAGAUUUAUGAAGGCAAGAAGGUGGGAGUGGGUAAGUCUAGGAAGUGGACUCUGAAUUUGAAAGACGCUCCUGGCAAGUGUUACGAAACUAAGGAGGCCGAUGGAGCCUGCACUAUCUCGCUUAUUGAUGACAAUUUCAUGGCGCUCGUGAAAGAUGAGCUACAGCCUCAGGCUGCAUUCAUGCAGGGGAAGUUGAAACUUAAAGGCGACUUGGCAGCUGCUAUGAAGUUCACUCCAGAUGUCCUGCCCAAAUUUGAUCCGUCCCUCGCCGACAACACAUCGCUGUCUGCAGCUGAGGUUGUCGAACUCUUCUUCAAGACCUCUAAGAUGUGA